UUAGUUCACCUGGACGCUCAGAGUGAGGAUAAUUAUUCCCUAUCCAAUUUUAAAAUGAUAUUUGUAAAUGUGCAAUGCUUAAGAUCAAAAAUUAAUUUGGUUUCUCUCUUUGUUGGAAAGUCAUAUCCAGAUGUUUUGUGUAUAAGUGAGCAUCAUCUUCUUGGCCAGGAGAUUGAAUUCUACAAUACUAUUGAACAUUUGAAAUUUGGAGCAGGAUACUUUCGCUCAAAUCACAAGAAUGGAGGAACUGCAGUCUAUCUAAGAGAGGAUUUAUUGUCUAGUCCUGUUGACUUGAGUAUGUUUUGUAGGGAACUUGACAUUGAACUAUCUGGAGUAAAACUCGAAAAAUACAAUGUAAUUGUCAUCGCAGUUUAUCGUUCCCCAAAUGGUAAUGUUGAGCAUUUUUUCACUGCCAUGGACAAUUGUUUGACAAGCCUGAACAAGUUGAACAUGCCUAUAGUUCUUGGCGGAGACGUAAAUAUCCACUUGAAUGAAGAAAACAGCAUAUAUCACACAUUCAGGUUUCUGCUGCAGAGUCAUGGAUUGUACAUCACGAGUCAUGCUCCAACUAGAGGUGACAACUGCUUGGAUACCAUUGCAACCUCUCUUGACUCCUGGAACUAUGAGGUGGACAUCCAGGAUCCUAUGAUUGCUGAUCAUGACGCUGUCAUAAUGAACUUGUGGCUGAAGUCGGUGAGUGAAACUUCAGAUUCUGUACCUUGGCACUCCAAUUACUUUAAAUCUUCUAGAAAAAUUGACCCUGAGAGGAUUCCACAACUUAAAGCAGCCUUGGCCAACUUAGACUGGACCGAAAUUCUGUCUGACCCAAUGGAUGACCCAGAAGAGCUCUUCAACUCCUUUUUUAAAGAAUUCUCUAACGUGUUUGACAGAAUCUUUCCUGCAAAAAUGACAAGAAUAAAAAAGAGCCAUCUGGCCCAGAGAAUAAAUUCAAGUAGGCAAAAAAGUAAUGCCUGGUAUACGCCUGGGUUACUUCAGCUACAGAGUUUUGUCUUGGCUCUGGAUUGCAGAAGGAAAUCUUGUCUCGAUGAGGAAGAGAGGAAGAACAUCCAUAAUCAAUACAUUAAGGCAAAGAGGAUUUACAGGCAGGAGGUGGACCUUGCAAAACGGGAGGCUAACAUUAGCUCAAUCAAUCAGGCCAAUAACAAAUGUAAGGCUGCUUGGGACCUAGUAAAAAGUAUUUCAGGACCAAGUAAGCAAAGUUUGAAGCCAAGAGUCAAAGCAAGCCCUGAUGAAUUCAAUAAUUUCCUGAUACAGGAGGUGGAAAAAAUUGUCAGUGCCCUACCAGAAACAGACAGAACACAGGUGGCUGCUAGCAGACUCUUUCAGCAACCCAGAGAUGGUACUGUAGAAAUGGAGAACUGGGACCCAGUAACACCAGAAGACAUUAUUCAAAUGGGAGGCAUCCUACUUUUUGCUGACGACACCACAAUCUUUGCCAGAGGGAGAACACCAGUGUUGGCGCAGAAGGCGGCUGCAGAUAUUUUUGGACAAGCAAAACAGUGGUUCAACAAUAAUAAGCUGAGUCUAAAUGAAGACAAGACACAAGAGACUACCUGUAGCCUCAGUACAAACCAGCUCAUCAAUCGAACUGAGGUCAAGCUACUAGGAUUUACGCUGGAUUCAAGACUCACCUGGGGUAGCCAUACCAACAAACUCUGUCUGAAGCUAUCCAGGGUGAUAUUUCUACUCAGACGUCUAAAGCCUCUUAUUUCAAGGAAGCAUCUUGUUGAAGUCUACUUUGCCUUGUUCCACAGCCAUAUUAUCUACGGACUGCAGAUGUGGGGACAUGCGCCCGGAUGUAAUGAUGUGCUUCUUCAACAGAAAAAGGCAUUAAGAAUUUUGGACUCAGCCGGAUACCUUGAUCACUGUCGGCCGAUCUUCAUCAGACUGGGUAUCUAUACGGUGUUCAACCAGUAUAUUCUGCUCUCCUUGCUACACAUAAAAAGUCAUUAUCACUCAAUGACAAGAAGAGCCGAUAAGCAUUUGUAUAAUACCAGAGGGAAAGCAAAAAUUGAUGUACCCUUCUGCAGAUUGAACAAGAAAAGAGACUGUUUCCCUGUACUGGCACAGAAGAUCUUCAAUGCGCUGCCGGACAUGGUGAGGGAUCUGGAUGACAGAAGUUUUGGUGGAAGGAUCAGAGCCUGGCUGCGUGGGAUGCCAUUCUACUCUGUGGCUGAAUACUUUGAGGCCGACAAGUCUUUAAUUUGAUUCAAGUGACUUAGAAUCCAAUCGACCAUCUCGAUCUAUUUUUAAUUUUAAAAAACGUUAAUGUUUGACAAGUUUUGUAAAAAUUUUUACAAUCAACGACGACCAAAUUAGGUCUGAAUAUAAAAUGACGCCGUCCAUCCAGGAAGCUGGUCAAUGACGAAGGACAGAAGUAUG